AUGGAACGAUUCUGUAUUCUCCAUGAAACUAAGGUAAACCAUAAAAAUAAGAUUCAACCACAGAAAACUAUUGAUUUGCACGCUAGAAUAUUGUUCGAUUCUGCUGUCUCCUUUCCAUACUGCCGUCAAGCGACCUGCUUAUCGUCCACCCCAGUAGAAUAUCUCUAUACACUGCUGAAGAGCUCGGCAAUCAGGAUAAUAGUAACCGUGCCACUAACAGUGAGCAUCACAACAAGCAAAAAGGCUGUUCUUCACCUUCAACUCCAGAAAGAAGGAUCGGGGCUUAUGAGCCCACCACAAACGACCCAGGCUCUGUUUGAUAUAUGGCGUAAGAAUUGGAGCAUAAAAAACGAUAUAUAUGUUGAUUCCUCCCAUGCUUUCGUAUAA